UACGCGUCAUCAUAUUUGAUCAUUUCCAUGUGGAUAUUUCUUGUACUAGGUGAGAGCAGCAUAUCAACGUUUCAAAAAGAAAUGAUCACGGCACUUGCGGCAAGAAAAGAAGCUUUAGAAAUCAAACUGAAGGAAAAGAUUGAAGAAUUAAGACAAAAUUGUUUUCGGGAAGCUGUAAGCCAUUGUCUUCCAUUGUAUUUACGAUAAUAUUUAUUGCUAGCCUUUUAUUGCCAACAUGUUUUUAUCCUCGUGUUUCGCGCACAAUAGGGUUAGGGAUAACAGUGGGAUUGAGGUCAACAUCAAAGAGAACUACUGUAUGUUCUUGCAUGAAACAUGAGGAUAUUACCAACAUGUUGGAAGCGAUGGGAUGGAAUAAUAACUUGAGUCAAUGCAAAUUGCUUCUAGUUCCAGUCCUUCCUGUGGGGAAAACGUCAGUACUCAGUUUAGAUAAAACUGAUGCUGUAUCCAGUGGAAUCAGUAGUAUUUAGUACUAGUGAUUGACUAAUUUUUUAAUUACCUAUUACCGAUUAUUCAUGCCAGAUACCGAUGCCGAUUUUAUAAUGAAUAAAGGUGACAUCAUUUAUGUCGUUUUUUCAACGAAAAUUUCCAACGUAACAUGUUAUUGCAACCAAAGAUCGUUAAAACCGUUAAUAAAUGGCACGCUUCACGCAUUAAUUUAACAUAAUUAUCGUAUCAUCGUGCAAUGCAUAUAAUUUUUAAAGUGCGCAUUUUCUCAACAAUCGGUUUUAGAUAAUCGGAAAUAUAGAUAAUUCUACCGAUUUCGAUUGUCCAUCGAUAAGGCAAAAAUCGGCCCGAUGCCGAUUCCAAUUAUCGGUCAAUCACUAUUUAGUACAGAUGUGUACAUAGUUUCCCCACCCCCAAAGUUGAGACAGUGACUUUCUUCCCCUGUCCAGGAGCGGUCUGCAGUAAAAAUGGUGCAGACUCAUACCCUUUGACCAAUUAUUGGGUCCUGGCUUCUGCGGAAAAUGUCGACUUUUGUAUGUCCUCAGUGGCCAGCCAUUUCCUGCAUUUUCCAUAGUGAAAUUCGUGCAAACGGAGUGACAAAAAAUUGGGGAUAUGGAAGGAAAAUUACAAUCUUUUGAAAUUCCUAUUACCAUGAGUUUUAUUACCAAGCUUGUUUUAUUUUACUUCCUUUUUCUCAUUUCCUCGUUCAGGGUCACUUUUUCCCAAAAUCCCUAACUUUUUUUUGCUUACAAGAGGGGGAACAUGGUAUUAUAUACACAUCUGAUUUAUUAUACAGUAAUUUCAUUGUGCGUUGUAUGAUGUUUUACAGAACCUUUCGUUCCGUUAGCAUGGAUCAUGAUCUGUGUAAAUAAUAUCAUGAUAUUUUUUUCUUAAAUAGACGAUUACUGGAGAGUAUCCACCUGAAACCCCAUAUAACCCAAACUGUUCACCACCGCCCGUGAGAAAACGUGUGGGAACGUCGUUUUCGUUCUCGGACAUUGUAGCCAAGAGCAAUGCCGCAGAGGUGAGACAUUUUCAUCAUUCUUUCUUGUCCAAAGGUUAUCUCAAGAAGAACAUGGGGAUGGCUUUUGAAAAACAAUUUCUGCGUAAUCCUGGUUUGAAUAUAACCAACUUUGUUCGUUUGUGUGCUUCUGCAUUCUUCAACACUUUAUGAAAUUACAUUAAGUUACGCCUUCACGCACUGUGAUUUGUUUGGCCGAUUUUCGAUGAACUUUAAUGAUUAUGUUUGAAAAAUUACGAAGGAAAAACAUCUGACGACAACACUAACAUUCGGCAGAAUCUGAAAUCGGUUCCAACAAAUCGCAAUUUGUAAACGUACCUUAGUUAACAUACAUGAAUGCAGUUAGAAAGUUCGCCAAACUAACAUUGGUUUAAGUUCAUGAGAUUUAGAACAACCGGACUUUGGAUUAUUCAUAACAUUUUUCAUUUUAGGAAAGAGAAGAAAAAGUACACAAGUUAGAACUUGAGCUCGAAAUUCAAUCGAAGAUUACAGAUGCAGCGGAGGUAUAUUGUUAAUGUUGUUGUUGUUUAACAUUCUACCUGUUAGCUUUAUUUAGUUGACAGGUACAGUAAGAUAACGCGCACUUAUUGUAUGGACCCUAUAUGGAAUUGCAGAGCUCUAACCAAUGAUUCAUUAUGAGACCUGAUUAACAUUAUCCUAUAUAGGAUGCAAAACAUGCUGGUUAAAAAGAGUAUUCAUGAACAUAUGUUCUAUAUCAUUUUAGAAGCAAAACAAUUUUAUAGAUGUAUAAAUGUUUAAAGAGCAACGAACGCUUAGAAUUAUGUAUAAGUGGCAAUGGAAUAUAUAUAUAUAUAUAUAUAUAUAUAUAUAUAUAUAUAUAUAUAUAUAUAUAUAUAUAUAUAUAUAUAUAUAUAUAUAUAUAUAUAUCUGGAGCAAGGACUUCAGUUAUUCGGCCUAUGAGAAAAGUGAAGCCAAGAUGGCGGCCAUUGACGUCCAAUAGCUCUGAAGGUCGUAAACAGUUUUCAUACCAUUUUCCCCAGCUAAAGCCAGUUUUUCUAGCGGAGCGUAUCGCUAAUCUAGUUUUCAGUUCAUAAAAUCAUAAUAUUAGUCUUUAAACCGAAGUCAAAAUACGAAAUUUCGGCACACUCCUUGCCAAGUGGCGGAAAAUGAAGAGCUGUACAUUGAAAUGAAUAUAACUGGAACGCUACAUCCAACCGGAAAUUUGAAGCCAAACUUGAAGGCCAGUCCCAGUCUUUUCACGCAUGCGAGGAGCGCUCAAUAAUGAUAUAAACACGCGGGUCUUGAUCCCCAGACGACACGCUUGUCUGGGGGUCAGGAUUUGGCUUCAAGAAAUUGAAAAAGAUAGGCAGUUUAUCUGAAUGUAGCGUUCCAGUUACAGUCAUUUCAAUAGAGUUAUAUGACGUCAGUUCCAGUCCCUUUCUAUUGUUUUUGUCUGCGCGGUUAACACGAAGCUGGCUUCACUUUUCGGACUCGAUUUCUCGCUCCAGAUAUAUAUGGAGCUCACUGGCUGUAGCUAAGUUGAUUUAACCCAUUACCCAACAUAGAUGUCAGGUGAUCCGAGACUUACCAUUCCGGUCCAAGUUCAAACCCCCUUAGUAAUCACAACCUAGAAGGCAUGAUAUCAACUUAGAUACCUACAUGCAUGGUAACUUCAUAUCCAAGAUCGUGGGGCCUUUAUUGCCACAGGAUAUUGGACACAUGUAUCUUUUCCCAGUACUAAACCUCAAAAUUUCGUGGGUUUUCAUCAUGUUUUCUUGAUAAAAGAUCAAAAAUGUUUUUUGUUUUUCACAGAAAUUAGCUAAUGAUCCAAAAGCUGGUAAAAAUGUUAGAAAAUCAAGAAGGUUGAUCUAUCAAAAGUCUUUCUCCAAGGUAAGAUAUCAUAGGCAACCCAGUAAGAAUUUUUCUCUGCUCUGUGUGUCUCAUUGUAACAAACUGAUCUAAAUAUUUUUAGUUAAAGACGAUGCAGCAAGCAUUAAAACGAAUGAAGGAAAGUCAAAGUGAAGAUCAUGGAUUAGGUGUGUAUCGACAUAUUGCAUCAUUCUUCCCAGGUGCAUUACUCGUAUGUAUCCUUGGGAUGACGUCCAUAGAUGACGUCCCGUUGAGUAAAGCUUGCUACUGUAGGUCGAGGAUAAGUGUAAUUUCCCUGUGCUUGAUAAACUCGUGUAUAUAAUAUAGAUUGGUUGGUUUUCUCCUGUGCUUUGAAGGUUUUCUCCCGGUCUUCCGUUUUUUCUUCCUCGCCCUUUUGCCUUAGGGGCGGACCAUUAGAAAAGUGAUGGGGGGGGGGGGCACAAAACAAUUCGUGCAAAGAGGGAAAGCAAAGAAAAUAACCUUUCAAAUUUCGCAAAACAUUCCAGCAUGAGCAGAGAUGGCCGCAAAAAAUUCUUGCAUGCUGAAAAUCCCCCCUUCCCCAUCACUUUUCUAAUGGUCCGCCCCUUAGGGUGAAUUGGCAAACACAUCUUGUGUAAUAGACAUUAAAUAAACCACCAAAAUAAGUCAUUAUAUACCAUUUCUAAUAUUUGGGUGUUUUGUUCAUCAUAUGCCCGGCUGCAGCUAAUAACAUCCACUUACAUACAGAGUGAAAAAUACUGGAAUACUCAAUUUAAAUGUGAAUUUCGCAAUAAUUGAACAGUUUACAAUAUAGCCAUUCAGGUUUUUAACGGUGGGUUGCCUCUUAGAUUUGAGGGAAUGGUUCGCGAAAAUAAAUGACUGAUAUUGGAGAAUCCACAAUUGAGAUGCAAUAACAAAUCAAUAGUUAAAAGAAAUAACUCAUUUUGCCUCAAAAAAACCCGACAAGAAUUGAAGCAUUUUGGAAAUGGAAACCUACCAACUAUGACUUUCUGUGCCCACUUUCAAAUUUAAAUAUUUUUUUUUUCAAAUUUUACACGUAUUACGGACACGGUUUAAGGUUGCUACUUUCUGUUUAUAUUACGGCGCAAUUCGACGACAUUAAUGCCGGUAAUGAACGAAUUUUGUUAUGCAUGGUAGACUAAAUUUUCUGGCUUCAGUGCGUACCGUUUCAUAUUAGCAUCUAUAUUUGGAAAACAAACAUAGUCAUAGCCAAGGUUAAACCUUGACUGACAGGUGAUACACAGUGAGACGGACACUUAGAGGAGGGGCGAAUUUGGGUUGCCAACUUAUGACUUUUUUUCAGCUGCAAGUAUUAGUUCGUCACUCUUUGUUGCUUUAAAUUCCAUGCGAUUUUAGCUUAACGUAUAGCUACCAAUGCUGUCAUGCAUGGUUUAAAAAUUAUUGAUUCUGCUUUGUUACACAAUUAUUCAGCAAUCAUUUAAAGGCUUUCAAACAUUAUUCAAACGUUACUCGAUACUUUUGCAGUGUUGGUAUUAUAUAUGGGCAGUACGUAAAUGGGCGGGCGUUGAAGAGUUAGUAUAGGUAAUCAUGCGAUGGCGAGUACAAUUAGGGAUUAAUAGUACGAGUGAUGUUUGGAAAUUUUGCCAAAAUUGGACGAGCCGCCGGGGCGAGUCCAAUUUGGCAAAUUUCCAAACAUCACGAGCACUAUUAAUCCCUAAUUGUACGAGCAACAUCGCAUGAUUACUUGUUUAUUAUUAGCAUGACAAAAAUGGAUACUUCUCAAUGUCAACAUCAUAUUCUCUCGCCAAAGCCCAGUCCUGCCAGACUUUCAACCAAAGUUUGGUGCUUUUGUUCGUAUUUUCAUUUAGUUAUUUUGUUAAAGCAAAAUUUGCUGCUUUUGUUCGCAUUUUCAUCUAGUUCCUCUAUGGCAAUUUCAUUGUGUAAAAUACCUUUAAAUAAAAUACCUUUCCGCCAUUUUGUUUGUUUUGGGAAAAUCAUUAAUUGUACUGCAGUACAAUUAAUGAAAUAAUUGUACUCCUCUCAACCAAUCAGAAUCCAGUAAUUUUGACAUGCUAAUAAUAAUAAAGUUUAAUGAAUUAUCGAGUUCAAGUAUAUCGUCUAGGCAUAAAAUUCUUAAAUUGUAAAUAACUGGAUAAUACACUACUUUUGCUGCCUAGUAUUCCUUGCAUUGAAUGCCAAAGGACAUUGUUAUCGCCACGAAAACGUACCACAAAAACAAGGCUAGCUAAGGCUUUACUUGCAUUCAUCGUGCAAGACGCAUGAAAAAAUGUUUUGUAAUUUGACCCAUACUUGAAUUGUGUUGUUAUUAUUACAGUAGUAUAACCUGACCUACGGACUACAGGAUUAGCAUUAUAGUCAUUUUCUAUGGUAACUGUUGAUGACACCAAAACCUUAAAUUAAUGCCCAUUUCCACUCAAGAAAAAUUUCCACGGAGAGAAAAUAUUCCGAAAAUAUCAUUGUUUCCGAUGGAAAAUUUGUGUCGACCAAUCACAGUUUACAAAAUUUUCUUUCUGCGGAAAAUUUUCCGGAAAAUUUGAUUGAGAUGACGUAACGCUCAUUGCUAUUAGUAAUAUUUUUCAAGAAUUAAGCAUGAAAUGAAAAUAGUGCUAGAGAGAUUUACAGGUAAACUACGUCAAUUAGCGUUCCUCUUUUGAGUUCCUAACUUGAUUGCAAUUUUCCGCAUUACCUUUGCAAAUAUGAAAAACUCCCUUGCAAAUCCCUUGAGGGAAUUUGCAAUGUUCCUAAAAGCCAAUUAAAUUUUCCUCAAUUCCUGUAAUGAUUAAAAUCUUCACUCAUGUAUCCUUUUAAUUCUUUGGCAUGACUUAUAUGUGAAUACCUGCUUUAUGCUUAGCCCAAGUUUUUUUUAGCAUGUGUUCUGCAUCACGUUUUUGGAAUAUUUAUCAGUGUACGAAUUGCAAAAAUGGUUUUAUAAUAAGUUUCUCUGUUAGACAAGUAUUUACUAUACAUUCAGUGCUCUCCAUAGUCUAUACAUUAAAUGUAAUUCACAUCUCUAUAUUUUAGAUGGAACUAGUUUGAAUUCAUAUGAGGAUGGUGAGUAAAACAUAUUAAGUUAUUUAUAGUUUUGCAUGGCGAUAGUCAUGUGUAAUAUAAGUUUUGCAACUUCAGGAUAUAAUUAUUAUUAUCAUAUAGACAACUACCGGAUAUAAGCUAUUCUGCAAUCCGAUUGGCUCUCUAGUAGGAAAAAACAAGAUGGCGGCUCAAAAAUUACCGGAGUACUCUAAACAAUGCUUUUAAUAGCAUUAAAUUAAGAGAAAUAAAAACACAAUGAAAAUACUCCCAGCAAUUGUUUACCGGAUAACAAAUACCGUAUUUACUCGUUUGAGCGCCGCGGCGCUCUUUAAGAGCUUCAGAUGCGGUGCUCAAUCGGGGGCGGCGCUCUUUAAAAAAUGUUUUAUUUGUGAAUUAUAAAAAGAACUUCUAACAAUAAAAUAAACAAGUUUUAAAAGGUUUUUGUCACUAAAUGUCCUCAUUUUGGCGGCGGGAAGUUUUUACACUGUUUAGUGCGACGCUCAUUUGGGGGCGGCGCUCUUUAAAAAAAAUUGAUCUCAAAUGCGGCGCUCAUUCUGGGGCGGCGCUCAAUGGGGGGCGGCACUCAAUCGAGUAAAUACGGUACAGUAAGUUUUUAAUAUUGAAGCUAGUUAAAAAAAUUUUUUUAAAUAAUGCCGAAAGAGCGAAGAUAUAAACAUGAACAGAAUAUAAAUGUUUUGGAAGAAAUUAAACUGAACUAAAUGUCAAUUUAUAGAUGUGAAAUCAACAACGAGUACUUGUUUUGUCUGAAAAGCUUUAAAAGAAAGAGCACAACAGUGGUUUAUCUGGUUUAGGGCAAAACAUUGCCUUACAGAUGAGUCAUACAGCUCAUAUACGACUCGAGUUCGCAGAAUAAAUGUUAAUUAACUGUAAUGGCUCGACAAACUAAUAACCAACCUCCUCCCCAGCACGGAUUUUUUGUCAAAACUCAAAACCGUUAGAAAAACAUAAUUGCAAAACCGUGUGACCCAAAUUUAAUUAGCAAAGGCUGGUCUUAGUUUAUGCAGCUUAUUGCCUGGACUAUCUCAAGUAAAGUUUCAUUAUAGGAUGCUAUUUCUUCUUUCCAUUCCAGAUGUGGAUGGUAUCAAGCCGCCGUCUUCACGGAGAUCCAGUUUUGAAGCUGCUACAGGACAACGUAGAACAAGCAAUGCAAGUUCUAUAGACAGUGCAAACAAACCAGUCGCACCCGGUUCAACAUCGUCAAACGAAGAAUUAACCAACCAUUUUGAUCAUCUAAGAUUUAACGAAACACCGGCAUUCGCAUCAUCCACCAUGAUUAAUGAAAUCUUGUAUAGAAAAAGACCAAGUUUAACAACACAGAACUCCAAUCCUGGAAUCCACCGCCUUGAUUCGAAUUCAUCUAUCUCGUCUACCUCAAGUCUUGUACAAGACCGGCUUCGUCCACCACCAUCAUACUCAGAAAGUCGUUUCAGUAGGAGAGAGUCUUCACUAAGACCUCAAGAGAGAAGGCGGGGAUCAGCACCGGGUGUAUAUCAAAACCAUGGUGAUCGUGUACAAGAGAGAUAUAAUGGACACAAAACUGAAGCGUUGAACAAUAAUGUAGCACCUGCAGGUUUAACUAAAGUACGGUAUGUAGGUGGAGGGUCACCAUCACAGAGUGAUAGUGAUUACAAUAGUGAUGAUGUUCAAGUCACAUACAGCCCGACUACAGUCAUUACUUCAGACUAUGAUAAGAACACAGAUCAUUGGGUAAGCACAUCAUCGAGGAAUAGAUCAAACAUAACAACAGCUCGAUAUAACUAUCCAAGUAAACUGGGAAUUAUGAGCAACAGUGAAAGCACUGGAUCUUACUUCGUCACUGAUAAUCUCACUAAACCUAAUGCAAAUCAUAAAGAUAAAGCUCAUUUGUAUGCAUCGACAUCAGCUUUGAACCAAACACAGUUGGUCUCAGAUACGCUCCCUCGUUCACACCACUCCAGUUACUCUAUACAUACUCCUGUCCUCCAAAGGCGACAGCCUCUCAUGAAUAGAUUUUUCAACGAUGGACGUGAUGAUCCAAAUGUCGGAAGUCUUGUAUAGCAAGAUUUCAUUGCAUUUGUUGCCAUGAGCAAAUUUAUACUCACAGCUUCGGCUAUUUUAGAACAUCGUAUUCAUAGAAUUCUUAUUAUAAUAUAACCAAUUACUUUUUAAUAUAAUCAAACUGAUGUAUAUACAUAUUUUAUUAAGCGCGCUAUUUGCUUAAAAUGAACUAAAUUAGGUUAUAUAUAUUCGAAAUAUUUGAAUUAUACGCACUAAUGUGUGGUACAGUGCAUUUGCAGCCUCGUACCCAGGCGCUUAAAAGGAACGCGCGAGAAGAAGUCGCGAAUGCAGUUAUAUUUAGAUCAGUGUCUGAUCUGAGCGCGUGGGGGUUUCGUCCUCCCAAGCAUGCAGAGCGCAAGCAGAGUGCAGUUUCCACAGAGAGGCCUUGGUACGAGGCUGGUGUAUUUGUGAUUUUUAGAAAUAAUAGUCCAGAAAUCAAUCUUCAAUUGAGCUAUACAAGGCUCAAAAGGGCGUAUUAUAGAAACGAUGCUAUAAUUAGGAUGCAGAAAAAUGAAAUAUUAGUUGAAUUUCAUAAAGACAUUAGCAUACUACAUUUUUCUGUUUGCGCAAUUUAAAUUAAUGAAAGCGAGUUUUUGUUGUAAUUUAUAUUAUUGAUUUUGUUUUAUAUAAUAUACAGUAUAUAUUGUAUUGUUGUUUUGUAUGAUAAUUUUAAAUAAUAGCCAGUGAAAUGAACCCUCGAAUCUCUGUGUAUGCUAAUAUAAUUAUUUGUAAUAAUAGUUUGUACAAUUUAUUGUGAAUAUUUGAUGUAUACAUCUUCAUGACGUAUGUCUUUUAUGCUAGUGUCAAUAUUUAUUGUCGAUGAAUAAAACCUAAUUAUAAUACUGUCA